CACAACGUGCCAACCGUUACCGUUAGAUCGCAAAUCAAAGCACAUAGAAAAUGUCGAAAAUCUUCGCUCUUGCCGUCAUCGCUCUUAGCGCCACCAUCUGCUUGACGAACGCUCUGCCCGGUGUCAGUGAGCUGUACGGUGCCCCUCAUCACGGUGCUGGCGGUCGUGGUGGUGGUGCUGCCAGCAGUGCCGACGCUCAUGCCGAAAUACGCAGCCUCACCAACGACCUGAAAGAAGACGGCAGCUACAAUUACCAAUUCGAAACCAGUAACGGUAUUGCGGCACAAGAAUCUGGCGUUGGCGGACAUUAUGCCACCGGCUCUUCACAAUACUAUUCGCCAGAGGGUCAAUUGAUCCAGCUCACAUACACCGCCGAUGAGAAUGGCUUCCAACCACAAGGUGCUCAUCUGCCCACACCACCACCAGUGCCAGAAGCUAUCCUCAAGGCUUUGGAAUACAUUCGCACUCAUCCAUACCAGGAGGAACAGCAACAAUCGUAUGCUUCGCAGCACUCUCGUGCAUCGGCACCACAACAACAAUAUGGCGCUCCCUAUCGCAAAUACUAGGAGUAACAAUUGACAGUAAAGUAAACGUAAAAUAACAUAUUUGUGCUCAAGUUUAAAUGCUUAGGAUUACUCUCUUGUAUUUUAAUACUUUAUACAUACUUUCUCAGUCAUCUGAUUUUUCGACAUGUUAAAAACUAUUACUAAAUUCCGAAGAAGUC